AUGGCCGGGGGCAGCGGCGCCGGGUGGGAUCCGGGCCGGGCUGCGGCGGGGCAGCGGAACCAGCCCGGCCUGCGCUCCGCCCGCCGCCCCUCGCGGCUCCUCCCGGCCGGCCCGGGCAGCCCCCGCCCCGCGCUCUACCUGGCGCCGCCCGGGGAGGAAGAACCCGGCAGCUCCGGCCGCGCUCCCGGCGGCACCCGGGGGGGCAGGGGCGGGGCCGAGGUUUCCGUGGCGAUCGCCUCCCGGCCCGGCAGGGCUGCUACGACACAGCCCCGCUCCGCCCUGCCCGGGAGGCUUCCCCGCUCCGCCCACCGCGCUGCGCCCGCCCCGCCGCCCUUCCGCCAGCGGGGCGCUCGGGGACUGCGCGGGGGAGCCCCCGGGCAAUGGGUUAUUUCUAGGUGGAAUCGACCCGUCCCCCGUACUCGGUGCCCCUCAGGCCGCGGCUCGAAUCCCGUGUUCAGUUCUGGGCCUCUCAAUCCAGGAAGGACAUGGAGGUGCUGGAGCGAGCCCAGAGAAGGGCAGCAGAGCUGGUGAGGGCUCUGGAGCACCAGUGAGGAGCGGUUGAGGAAGCUGGGAUUGUUUAUCGUGGAGAAAAGGAGGCUCCUUAUCUCUGUCCAUCUGAAAGGAGGGUGUAGCCAGAGUAAGAACUUUAAAGAAUAUCCAGCUGUAUACUGAUGCCAACAGACUUCUCCAGGUAGAGAGGACUUUGGACCUAUUAAGCACGUCUAGAACUGACCUCAUCUGGACAUAACUCUUGGCUUAUAAACAUUUUCAACCUAAAAUGUUGAAAAUGCUUUUAAAAGAAACAUAUUUGUAGGGAGUAUAUCAACCAUAUUAAUUUGUGACACACAUAAUCAUAAUCUUAACAUUCA